AUGACGGCACAGGAUCGGUCGCAGUCUCCCACAUGGGUGCGAAGAACCCUGGGACCCAUGAGACGUGGAUCGUUGAGGGGCUCCAUCUUCACGCUCAUGUCGGCGGCCAUUGGAUCUGGGGUGCUUCUGCUGCCUUAUGCUUUCAGUCUCGUCGGGCUCCCUUUGGGAUUGCUGACGUUGUUUUUCGGGACUUAUUGCUUGGCGACGUCCCUGCGGCUCAUAAUGACCAUCUCGCACAUAACCGGCUGCGACAGUUACGCCAAGAGUGCCGCCGCCGUGCUUGGCCCAUCGGCCGGUCGUGCGCUUGCCUGUCUGAUGGUUGGGGAAGCCCUGUGUGGACAGGCAUCCUUCAUCAAGUUCUUGUCAGACCUUCUGCCCCGUGUGCUUCCCUCCGUUUUCGGUGGUUUCUCGAAGCCGCAGAUGGCGGUGAUUGUGGUGUGCCUUGCGUUUCCAGCAUCUGCAUGUCGUGACUUGAGUGUCCUCCGCCAUGUCACGAUGAUCUCCUUCUUUAGCCUGGCAUUUAUGGCCACCCUCGUGGUGAGUGGAGCACUUGGCGGCCCAGUCCUGGACGAUGAGCAUAUGGAGGUCAUCAUGCACGGUCGGGGAACGAGCACGCUGCAUGUUCUGCCCCAGACUUGGUCUAUCGUUCUGAGCGCCUUGUACUGUCAGCAUGUGGCGAUUCCCGUCUACAGGCAGCUUCACAACUCUGACAGUCGCCGAGUCAACAAGGUUCUUCUGAGGUCUUGCACAGCACUCUCCGUGAUGUAUGCGGUGGUGGCGUCUUGUGGAAUUGUCGCCCAUGGAGCCGCAACCCCGGAGAACAUCCUUCUGGCCUACCCCAAGGAUCACCGAGCGGCAUCCUUGGCACAGCUCUUGACGGGCUGCUCCCUGCUUGUUGCCCUUCCCCUGGGUGUGCAGCCAGCCCGAGAUCAGUUCCCAGAGGUCCUUCGGGCCUGGAGAGCGCUCUUCCAAGCCCUCGCCCGCUUCUGCAGGAACCUCUUUUCAGCUCAAGAACUCUCUGGGCCGGUGAGCAGCACCAUGCGCGUGGUGCACACGGCAUGUAUCCUGUCGGCCGCUGCAAGCUUGGCCGUGGUCUUUCCGUCCGUGACCGCCAUUGUGGGCAUCGCUACUGGAUUCGGCUCGGUGCUGUGGACCUUCAUCAUGCCGGUGGUCAUGAUCUUGAUUCUCAGGCACAGGGCGGGGAAGGAACGAUGUCUGAUCGAGGGCCCCGGCUCAGGUAUCCGAGAGAGGCUCUUGUCUUCUCCCCUAAGCUCCCCUCCGAUGUCACCAUGUCCGUCUCCGCGCUUCUCACCGACCCCAUCGAUUCCAGAGAUACCGCCCAUGACAUUGAACGAGGAGGAACCCGAGAUGUGCAUGCACAUCGACGAGCCUGACAGUGGCAAAAGGAGCACUGUGGUCUUCACCGGCAAAACCAGGGAAGAGGAAGGGUCCGACGUCUACUCUCCUCCGCACAAGCGCAAUAUCCCUGACCACUACGAGCACUACCCGUGGUCAUUCCACUUCGUUGUCGGAGUCUUUAGCCUUUGUAUCGGGUCUGGGCUCGGAUUAACAGCCGCCUACCAGUCAUUGCGGCGGGUGCUGGGCUGA